AGUUGGGUUUUCCAUAAUCAUGGUGACCACGGGCCACCCAAAAAACGUCGACAGUCAACCAGUCCGUCUUAGAUACCAUUAAGCCAAUUAAACACAAAACCAAAUAAACCGAAAACCCCAAACGCAACCAGAAGAAGCUCUCUGCCCCCAAAUCCCCAAUCUUCACCGGUUCAGGUUCAGCAUCCGGUGAAUAAUGCAGGACUCGAAUGUUCCUCUUUCGGAUGAAUUUUCGAUUCCCAAGUCGCGGAAGAAGAAGGUUACUGCCCAGAAAGGCCCCUUGUUUCAGGUGCAAGGGAAUGAGGGGAAUGAGGUGAAUGAGGCUCCUUUUCUUCCUGUAAAAGCUGGGAGCAAGCCAUCCAAAAGAAGCGUGAAGAGGGAAGUUUCGCCAAUGGUACAGAAACCGGAGAGGUCGAAUUCGAAUGCGUUGCCUGAUUCGUCUACGUCUGGAAGAAACUACCGUGAGCUGAGGCUGAAGUACUUGAGGAUGGAAGAAGAGAGCUUUACGGUGGGGAAAGAUCUACGAGAGGUUGAAGAAGAGGUUAAGACACUUGAGGAGGAGAAGUUUGCACUCUUGGACCAGCUUGUUGUGUUAGAAGGCCUGGUUGAUCCUUCAGAGUUGCAACCCCAGGGUCUGCAUUCAUCCUAGUUUAUCUCUUUGUAUCAUUUUGUUUGAUUACUCAGCACACAUGUAUAAUAUGAUAUAAGGUCUCAAAGAUUAGGGAUCGGCUAUUGUUAAAACUUCAAAAAGAGUGUAUCCGGUUCCUUUUGUAACUUGAUAUAUGUACUUGAUGUCUAAUGUUUGAAUACAUAAAUUGAUGUUGCCUA